UUAAACAAACACAAACAGAUACGAUCAGAUUAAUCAAGUGCAGAAAUAGUAGUUAGUAAUUAUUUCCAAUUCCUUCUCUGUUUGUCGCAAACCUUUGGACAUAAUCAUUUUUCUAAGGUUCAGAGCUCAUUUUUUUCUCUGGAUGAAAUCAUGCUAAUCAGCAUGAUUAAUCAAAAUUCUUACAAAAGUGGAGAAACAAAAAGCAUAAUAAUAUCUUAUUAUUAAAAAGUUUCUAAGUAAUUUUACACGUUGAAAUAUUGUUGUUUAUUUAAAAAUCCACAUAAACCGAAUAAAAACAAAAAGUAAAAAAAACAUCUUUACAAUGUCUGACAAAAUUCCAAUAGAGGAGCUUCGUUUUCCAGUUCCAUGGGGUUAUGUAGCAGCCAAAGCCUGGGGUUCACCUAAAAAUUAUCCAAUUCUCCUUGUUCAUGGAAUACUGGACAAUGCCGGUUCAUUUAAUCGACUUAUUCCUCUACUUCCCAAAAGAUUUUAUUACCUUUGUAUCGAUUUACCGGGUCAUGGAUUAUCAUCACAUUUUCCCGCGGGUGUUCCUCUUGAUUUUUUUAAUUACGUUCUCUGUAUUGAACUUAUUGUUCAAUCAUUAGGAUGGAAAGAAUUUAUUUAUCUCAGUCACAGUCUUGGGGGAAUAGUUGGUUCAUUUUACCUGGCACUAUAUCCGGGACGUGUGAAAAAAAUGAUAACACUCGAUUUAGGUCUGCCAUCUGAUUAUAGUGGUGAUAAACUUUUUAAACGUGUUCAGGAAAUACAAAAAAAUGCCAUUGAAAUAUAUCGCGAUACAUCGACGAGACUUCAUUCAUACGAUGAUGUGAUUUAUGCACUAAAAUACAAAAGAAUGCAUUGUUUAAAUGAUUUAGCUGCCGAUGCAUUAUUUGAGAGGGCAGUGACGAAAAUUGGUGAUAAAUAUAAAUAUAAUCGUGAUCCAAGAUUAAAAAUAACUUUGAGACCACUUUUUUCACUUGAACAAUAUUUAAAUUUUUAUAGUCGUAUUAAAUUGCCUUUUCUAUUUAUAAUAACGUCAAUUCAUGUGAAUGCGGUACCAAAAAUUCCUGGAUUAGAUGAGGGACUUGGUCUUUUGAAAAAAAUUAAAACAUUAAAAUUUGUUAUUGUCGAAGGAAAUCACGAUGUUCAUAAUAAUCAUCCAGAAAGAGUGGCGACAAUUAUUGCCAAUUUUCUGGAUAAUCAUCUACCUAGUAAAUUGUAAAUAUUCGAAAUUUUUUUUUUAAAUAUUUAAAUAUAGAAAAAAUAUUAUUUUUCUAAAAUAGCAAAGAA